AUGUUUAAUGAGCUCAACUAUUCCGAAUGGUCUCAGCACAUUCAAUUUCAACUUGGUGUUUUAGGUCUUGACCUACCACUCCAUGUUGAAAAGCCUCCUACUAUUACUGAUACUAGCAGCGAAAGUGAAAAGUCUUUCUAUAAUGCUUGGGAGAGACCGAAUCGAUUAAGUCUGAUGCUUAUGCGGAUGAGUAUAGCGAACCACAUUAAGUCUACUCUUCCUGAAAUCAAUGAUGCUAAGGAAUUUAUAAAAGCAGAUGGGGAACGUUCUCAAACUGCAGAUAAGUCUCUCGCUGGGACACUAAUGGCUACGCUAACCACCAUAAAGUUUGAUGGUUCGCGAUCCAUUCAUGAGCAUGUUGUCGAAAUGAAGAACCUGGUAGCAAGAUUGAAAGCCUUAGGGAUGACUGUGGAUGAUAACUUUCUGGUGCAGUUUAUCUUGAAUUCACUGCCCCCUGAUAUGCUAGUUCAAGAGGAAACACGGCUUAAAAAUCAGGGCUCUCAUUCAAUUCAUCUUAUUACCAACCAAGGAGCUGGUAGGAGAGUCGGGAAUAAGAAAGUGAAGGGCAAGUGCGGACCAUUGAAAGUGAAUGUGCCGUCUAUCCAAGCCCCGAAGAAGGAACUCAAUGAUGUCAAGUGUCGCUUUUGUGGAAAAUCCGGAUACUUUCAGAGAGAUUGCCUGAAACGAAAGGCUUGGUUCAAAAAGAAAGGGAUUCCUUACGAUCCAAACCACAAAGGCAAAUGA